GCCGCAAUGUUCCAUAUCGAGGGCCUCGCGCCGAAGCUGGACCCCAAGGAGAUGAAACGGAAGAUGCGCGAGGAUGUGAUCUCCUCCAUACGGAACUUCCUCAUCUAUGUAGCCCUGCUGCGAGUCACUCUUUUUAUCUUAAAGAAAUUGGACAGCAUAUAAAGAUUGGACAUUAUAUGUGAAUGCAUGAUGUGAAGAACCUGGUUACAGUUUCUACUCUGCAAAUGAAUAGGCCCAGAAAGAUGUAAGAGACUCUGCUUGAAUGGACAUAAAAUUUCUACUUGUUAAGAACAA